UUUCUAAACCUUCUCAAGCUUGACAAUGGCGCCACCUUCUAAGAAACCAAGCAAGAAGUCUUCGAAGCCAUUGAUAAAAAAUCCCAAAAAUUUCAAACGCAAAGGCAAAAACAAUGAAGCAGGCAACGCUAGUUUUUCUGGGAAAUCGGCGCCUCUCCAGCUUGAAGACGAAGUCCCCGAUUUCCCCAGAGGUGGAGCGAGCUUGUUGUCUAAAGAAGAGCUUGAUGAAGUGCGGGCGGAAGUGGAUGCAGAAUUUGAAGCUGAGGACAGAUAUUUGAAAAAAAAGAAGCAACAUAAAUUGUAUAAGAAAAACCAAUCAGUUGAGGAUGAUUUGGGUUCACUUUUUGGUCAUAGUAUUAGUGGAAAAUUACCCAAGUCUGCAAACAGAAUUACUCCGAAGAACAUUUCUCCAGGAAUGAAGCUGUGGGGGGUGAUUGCUGAAGUAAAUGAGAAAGAUAUUGUUGUUAGCCUUCCAGGGGGCUUACGUGGAUUAGUUCUGGCAUCUGAAGCACAUGAUCCUUUAUGGGAUAAUGAGACAAAUGAGAUGGAGAUGCAGAGCAAUUAUCUUUCUGGCUUAUUUCAUGUCGGGCAGCUGGUUUCUUGCAUUGUGUUGCAUUUGGAUGAUGAUAAGAAAGAAGCAGGGAAGUGGAAAAUUUGGCUGUCUCUACGUCUUGCUUUAUUGCACAAGAACUUAACUCUUGAUGCUAUUCAAGAAGGAAUUAUUCUUAGUGCUUAUAUCAAAAGCACUGAAGAUCAUGGAUACAUACUUCAUUUUGGGUUACCUUCAUUUUCAGGGUUUUUGCCUAUACACAGUCAAUCUGUUGACAAAAUGAACACUGGGCAGCUUGUGGAGGGGGUUGUCAAAAGUGUUGACAGAACUCGUAAAGUGGUAUAUUUAAGUUCUGCUCCUGAUGCAAUUGCAAAAUAUGUGACUAAGGACCUCAAGGGCAUUUCCAUUGAUCUUCUAGUUCCAGGCAUGAUGGUUAAUGCUAGUGUCAUGUCAGUGCUUGAAAAUGGAGUUAUGCUAUCCUUCCUCACUUAUUUCACUGGAACUGUGGACAUAUUUCAUCUACAGCAAGUUUUCCCCCCUCCAAGUUGGAAGGACGAUUACCCUCAAAAUAAGAAGGUUAAUGCUCGGAUAUUAUUUAUUGAUCCCGCAACCAGAGCUGUCGGUUUGUCAUUGAACCCUCACCUGGUCCAUAAAAAGGCUCCACCUUCACUGGUUAAAGUUGGAGACAUCUUUGAGCAAGCAAAAGUAAUCAGGGUUGACAAGGGAUUGGGUCUUCUGUUGGAGAUUCCCUCUUCACCAGUCCCAACUCCAGCAUAUGUUUAUAUAUCUGACGUGGAUGAUAAGGAAGUGAAGAAAAUGGAGAAAACUUUCAAGCCGGGGAAAGUUGUCCGUGUCCGAGUUCUUGGCUUUAGGAAUCUAGAAGGGCUUGCAACUGGUUCUUUGAAGACCAGUGCAUUUGAAGGAUCAGUUUUUACUCACUCAGAUGUCAAGCCUGGGAUGGUGGUAAAAGCUAAAGUUAUUACAGUUGACAGUUUUGGUGCCAUUGUGCAAUUUUCCAGUGGGGUAAAGGCACUCUGUCCUCUACGACAUAUGUCAGAAUUUGAAAUAGUAAAGCCUCGGAAGAAGUUCCAGGUUGGAUCUGAAUUAGUCUUUCGGGUGCUUGGUUGCAAGUCCAAGAGGAUCACAGUUACACAUAAGAAAACUCUUGUGAAAUCUAAGCUUGACAUUCUCAGUUCAUACACUGAUGCUACUGAAGGACUGAUAACACAUGGAUGGAUAACAAAGAUUGAAAAGCAUGGUUGCUUUGUCCGGUUCUACAAUGGAGUCCAAGGCUUCGCUCCACGAUCUGAACUUGGGUUAGAUCCUGGGUCUGACAUAAGCUCGAUGUAUCAUGUUGAACAAGUUGUCAAGUGUAGAGUUGUCAGUUCUAGCCCUGCUUCAAGACAAAUUGUCCUCAGUUUUACAACAAGACCAAUGAGGCUGUCCGAGACUGAAAUGGUCAAACCAGGAACUGUUGUUUCUGGUAUUGUUGAGCUAGUUACUCCUGAUUCUAUAGUGGUAAAUGUCAACAAUGGUCAAAGUCAUCUGAAAGGAACAGUUUCUACACAACAUUUAUCGGAUCAUCGCGGUCUUGCUGAUUUAAUGAAGUCAGUCUUGAAGCCUGGAUAUGAGUUUGACCAGCUUUUGGUUCUGGAUAUUGAAGGUUUCAAUUUGGUUCUUUCUGCCAAAUACUCGCUCAUCAGCACAGCUCAGCAGCUUCCAUUGGAUGUUAAUCAAAUUUCCCCCCAUUCUGUGGUGCAUGGGUACGUUUGUAAUGUAAUUGGGAAUGGUGUGUUUGUUCGCUUUUUAGGGCGCUUGACUGGCUUUUCUCCCAGAAGCAAGGCUACUGAUGACAGGAGAUACGAUACUUCGGAAGUAUUCUACAUUGGACAAUCAGUCUGUACAAACAUACUUGAUGUUAAUGGUGAAACUGGUCGAAUAACAGUGUCUUUGAAGCAGUCAUUGUGUUCUUCAACAGAUGCUACCUUUAUUCAAGAAUACUUUCUUUUAGAGCACAAGAUUGCCAAGCUUCAAUCCUUGGACUCCGCAGACUCUGGACUAAAUUGGGUUGAUGGGUUUGGUCUUGGUAGCAUUGUUGAGGGAAAAGUUCAUGAAAUAAAAGAGUUUGGUGUUGUUGUCACCUUUGAGAAGUAUGAUGACGUUUUUGGCUUUAUCUCGGGAGGCCAAUUGGGUGGUAUCAAUGUGGAAACGGGUUCUACUAUUCAAGCAGCAGUAAUUGAUGUUUCCAAGAUAGAGCACCUUGUGGAUUUAUCUUUAAAGCCAGAAUUUGUUAAUGGAUCAAAGCCACAGACUGCCAAUGACAAAACUCAGAAGAAGAAACGCAAAAGGGAAGCACAAAAAGAUUUGGAGGUGAAUCAAUCUGUGAAUGCGGUGGUUGAGAUUGUGAAGGAAAACUAUUUGGUUCUUUCAGUUCCAGCAUGUAAUUAUGCUCUGGGUUAUGCAUCUUUGAAUGAUUUCAACACUCAAAAUCUCCCAGUGAAGCAAUUUGUCAAUGGACAGAGUGUCAUUGCCACCAUCAUGGCCCUUCCUGAUUCUUCAACUGGUGGGAGAUUGCUUCUGCUGCUUAAAGCUAUCAGUGAGGUUGCUGAGAGCUCCAGUUCAAAAAGGGGGAAAAAGAAUUCUAGUUAUGAUGUUGGAUCUCUUGUCCAAGCAGAGAUCACUGAUAUAAAGCCUCUUGAAUUAAGACUGAAAUUUGGAUCUGGGUUCCAUGGUAGAGUUCACAUAACUGAGGCAACUGAUGAUAAUACUACUGAAGGGCCCCUUAAUGAUUUCCGAAUAGGACAGACUCUAACUGCAAGGAUAGUUUCAAAGGACAGUAGAUCAGAAAAUAAAAGAGGCUAUCAGUGGGAAUUAUCCACCAAACCCUCUGUGCUUGCAGGAGAUAUGGAUGGCCCACAUGAAAGCUUCAAUUACUCUACAGGCCAACUCCUUUCUGGUUAUGUGUUUAAGGUGGAUAGCGAAUGGGCAUGGCUAACUAUAUCUCGAGAGGUUAGGGCACAACUUUAUAUCUUAGACAGCUCUGCAGAGCCUAGUGAGCUCAAAGAGUUUCAGAAAAGGUUCUAUGUGGGAAAGUCUGUUUCUGGUUAUAUCUUAAGUGCUAACAAGGAGAAGAAAUUGCUGCGUUUGGUUCCACAUACCCUGCUUAUUACACCAGAGGACACAGUUCCUUCAAGUGAAAGUGCGAGGUGCCAUAUUCGUGAAGGCAGUGUUUUGGGUGGCAGAAUUUCCAAAAUCCUUCCUGGCGUUGGUGGCUUACUAGUUCAAAUUGACGCCCAUCUGUUUGGCAAGGUUCACUUUACUGAACUAAGAGACCCGUGGGUCUCUGAUCCACUGUCUGGCUAUUGUGAAGGACAGUUUGUCAAAUGCAAGGUCCUACAAGUUGGUCAUUCUGUCAAGGGUACAACUCAUGUUGAUCUGUCACUGCGAUGGACCUUAGAUACCAUGAACAAUCAAAACAUUUCUGAGCAUGAUGAUGUGCAUUCCCAGAAUAGACGUGUACAGGAUAUUAAGGAUCUUCAUCCAGACAUGACUGUGCAGGGCUAUGUAAAGAAUGUGACUCCAAAAGGCUGCUUUAUUAUGCUCUCCCGUAAGGUUGAUGCAAAAAUUCUCUUGUCAAAUUUGGCGGAUGGUUUCAUUGAAAGCCCUGAGAAAGAAUUCCCAGUGGGAAAGCUUGUCACCGGCAAGGUAGUUUCAGUUGAGUCAUUAUCCAAGCGUGUUGAAGUCACUCUAAGGACGUCAAGUUCAGCUACUCCUAGAAAGUCUGACAUAGAUGCAUUGAACAACUUUUCUGCUGGAAAUAUUAUUUCAGGGAAAAUUAAGCGGAUAGAAUCUUUUGGUCUGUUUAUCUCUGUUGAUAACACUAAUCUGGUUGGCUUGUGCCAUGUUUCAGAACUUUCUGACGAUCACAUCGACAAUGUCCAAAGUAGAUAUAAAGCUGGUCAAACUGUGAGAGUGAAGGUUCUAAAGGUGGAUAAAGACAGACACCGGAUUUCUCUUGGCAUGAAGAAUUCAUACUUUAGGGAUGAUGAUGGUGAGGAUAUUCAAACAACUUCAAGGCAGAGUAUCAAUAGUACUGACAAGGGGAAUAGUGUUUUUAUUGGUACACAAUCAACAGUGUUUCCAGAGAGCAGCGAUGCUGACAUUGAUGUUUCUGUUGUAAAUACAACAGACAAUAUUCUCACAGAAGUUGAAUCUAGAGCUUCCAUUCCCCCACUUGAGGUUCCUCUUGAUGAUAUAGAAAACUCAGACAUUGAUGAUGCAGUCAACAAAAAUCCAGAUCAUACUGGUGGUGCAGAUACGACGGAUGAAAAAGACAAGAAGCGUGCAAUGAAGAAGGCAAAGAAAGAGAGGGAACGGGAAAUUAGGGCUGCUGAAGAAAGGCUGCUUGAAAAGGAUAUCCCCAGGAAUACUGAUGAGUUUGAGAAAUUAGUUCGAAGUUCCCCCAAUAGCAGCUUUGUGUGGAUCAAGUACAUGGCCUUCAUGCUCUCUUUGGGUGAUGUAGAGAAGGCGAGAUCUAUAGCUGAGAAGGCUGUGAGUACAAUAAACAUUCGAGAAGAGUCUGAAAAGCUAAAUGUUUGGGUUGCUUAUUUUAAUUUGGAAAUCGAAUAUGGAAAUCCUCCACAGGAAGCGGUUAUGAAAGUGUUUCAAAGAGCAUUGCAGUAUUGUGAUCCGAAGAAGGUGCACCUGGCUUUAUUGGGUGUGUAUGAACGGACUGAGCAUUACAAGCUGGGUGAUGAGCUGCUAGAGAAAAUGGUGAAGAAGUUCAAGCAUUCCUGCAAGAUUUGGCUGAGGCGUAUACAGUGGGCAUUAAAGCAAAACCAGGACAACAGUCAGUCUAUUGUAAACCGUGCUCUCCUAUGUCUGCCCAAGCAUAAACACAUAAAAUUUAUAACACAAACAGCAAUUCUGGAGUUUAAAUGUGGGGUGGCUGAUAGGGGAAGAUCCAUGUUUGAAAGAAUGCUUAAGGAGUAUCCAAAACGAACCGACUUGUGGAGUGUUUAUCUUGAUCAGGAGAUUCGAGUGGGUGAUAUGGAUGUGAUACGCGCAUUGUUUGAGAGGGCAAUAAGUCUCAGCAUCCCACCAAAAAAAAUGAAGUUCUUAUUCAAGAAAUAUCUGGCGUAUGAGAAAAGUGUGGGUGAUGAAGAAAGGAUCGAAUCGGUGAAGCGGAAAGCCAUGGAAUAUGUUGAGAGCCUAGCCUAGCUCGACAGAUUGAUUGUACGACGAAAAAAUAGAUGAAGAGGAUACAUAGUAAGUGCCUAAAUUUUUGUUGUAAUGAAAUUUUGAUUUGUUGUUACAAAAAUACAAAAUUGAAGUUGACAAUAAUUAUAUUUCUUUUUUGAAGAUUCAAA